AUGCCACACACAGUAGAGAAGGACUUUACCUUUUCAUACUACACAAGGACAACAAAGUCGACAUUAACUACUCCAGUCACCAUCCCUUUGGCCAAUUCUUCAAAGGAAUUUGCUGCUCGCCUCAUCCAGGCCCACAGUUUGCCAUGCUUUGUUGUUCAAGAUUUGGAAAAUGACCUUGAAGAAUUUGUUAAAGCGGAGACCUCAGCACUUUAUGAUAAAAAUGCAGAUGAAGCCAUUCAGAAAAUAAAGGACAGUAAUGAAUCUGUAGUUAAUGAGUUGCUGGGACGUUGGGUGAAAACAUACAGCCAGGAGCUAAGGAUGUUCGCCAAACCCUUUGAGUUGAGCAGGGAUGAGAAGUUUGCAGAAGUCUACCAUACUUUGAUACACUCACCUGCCCUGGAAACUCUUCUCAACCUGGAGCACGAGUAUUCUCUGGGAGUCGAAAAGGUCAUCAAGGAAAGGAAUAGGAGUUUGCAGCAGCUGCAGGAAAAACAGCGCCGUGAGAUGGACGUUGCCUUGACCAAUGUCGGUGCUGGAUACAGAGAUGAAGACAUCAACUUGUUGGCACAGAGACAGUUUGAGGAAACCCAGACGGUUGAAAGCAAGUGGGCGUCAGAGCUGAGCUUCCUCCAUGAGCAACAGAAGGCAGAGUACAGAGAGUGGGUGUUCCGGGUCAAUGAAGAUUCUCAGGGCAAUGCCACACUUCCUUCCUAUGUGCAGAGAUUACGCAGUAUUUCGUCUGCCCUACCAGACGCAGAAGAAGAUGAGAGACAGGCUGUUAGUUCAAGGCUAGAGGAAAGCUUUACCAUACAUUUAGGUGCCCAGAUGAAAACAACUCACAAUUUGCGACUGCUGUGUACUGACAUACUAGACUUGUGUCAGCAUAAACCACAUACAGUAGGAGGUGUGGUGAUCCCACAGCCACAAAGACUUCAAACUGCUAUGUCACUGUAUUCCAACAACUUGUGUGGCAUGUUGCUGCUUGUUGACAACCGCCUCAAUUCUUACACGGGCAUCAAGCAGAAGUUUGCCCGUGUCUGUGAGAGCUCCACUGACUUCCACUUCCCCCCACUGGAGCGACAGUAUGAACUGAUUGAGCAGCAGCUUCCCAAGGCUGUGGAGGUUCGCAGUCAGAAGAGACUGGCUUCUGGGGAUGAUGCAGAUCAACUCAGUUUGCAUAGUUCUAGCAGUGGUGGUUCCAGCGAGGAGAAG